AUGUCUGAAACAUCUUGUUAUAUUCUCGAUAAUGGAGCUUACACAGCUAAAGUGGGCUUCUCAACAUCGGAACCGAAAGUCGUACCUAACUGUAUCAUGAAAGCCAAGUCUGAGAGGAGGCGGCCUUUCAUCGGAUCACAGAUUGAAGAAUGCCGAGACGCUUCGGGCCUGUUUUACAUACUUCCAUUUCAAAAAGGUUUCCUUAUCAAUUGGGACACACAAAAAACAGUUUGGGAUUUCAUUUUCAGCAAGGAAUGUUGCCCCGUUAACUUCAGUGAAACGCCGUUGAUAAUAACGGAGCCGUUAUUUAACUUCUCGUCCAUCCAGGAAGCAAUGACGGAAAUUUUCUUCGAAGAAUACGAAUGUCAGUCAUUGUUAAGAAUAAACGCCACCGAUUUGGCCGAAUAUAACUACAGGAAAACAAACAACAAUGAGUGCACUGUAGUUGUGGACUCAGGGUACAGUUACACUUAUAUAGUGCCCUAUGUGAAAGGUAAAAAGUAUAAGGAUGGGAUAAGAAGGAUCGAUGUGGGCGGGAAGGUGUUAACGAACCACCUGAAGGAGAUAAUAUCUUACCGACAGUUAAAUGUGAUGGAGGAGAGCUAUGUCAUCAACCAAGUGAAAGAGGAUUCGUGCUUCGUCUCACAAGAUUUCAUGAAGGACAUGGAAAUUGCCAGGAAGAAAGAUUCCAGUAAUACGAUAGUAAAGGACUACGUGUUACCAGACUACACGACCAUACGGCGCGGAUACUUGAGAGACGUGGUGAGGCCUGACGAAGACCUGGAGCAGCAGACGUUGAGGAUGAACAACGAGAGGUUCUCUAUACCGGAACUACUGUUCAGACCCUCGGAUGUAGGAAUACCACAGAUGGGCAUCCCUGAAGCUAUAAUGCACUCAAUUAACAGUUGCCCGGAGGAGAAUAGGGAGAGUUUACUAGAGAACAUAGUGUUGUACGGAGGGAAUACAAUGUUCCCGGGGUUCAGGGACCGCGUGUAUAUGGAAGUCAGGGCCUUGGCGCUGGAUCAUUACGACGUGAAUGUCUCGCGAGGUGACAACCCUGUGACGUACGCGUGGGAGGGAGGGAAGAUGAUGUUCAGGGAUCCAGACUUCUAUUCCUUCUGUGUGACUCGCGAGGAGUAUGAGGAGGAGGGGAAGGCCCUGGCAUAUGAGAGGUUCGAUAUAUAA